AUGCCUUUCAAGCUACAUAACCCAUGGAAGGAGAACUUGAAGGACACACCGAAGGAGUCCCUUAACUGGCGUCUCUGGUAUGGUGUUUUUGUCUUUGGUCUGAUGGGCGCUGCCCGUGGUAUUGACGAAGGCCUCAUCGGUACCACCGCUGAACUCGAGCCUUUCAUCAAGAAGUUUGGGCUCGAAGACCCUAACAAGUCUGAGCACGAGCAGGCUGAACUGCUGUCCAACAUUACCUCCAUGGUUCAGAUGGGUUCCAUCCUCGGUGCGCUGGUUGCUUUCCUCGUCACAGACCGCAUCGGUCGUCUCUGGGCCACACGACAGCUCUGCAUUAUCUGGGUCGUUGGUAUCGCUAUAUUCCUCGCUAGCAGCGCUACUGGAAGCAUUGGAAUGAUCUACGCUGGACGAUUCAUCGCCGGUAUCGGUAUCGGUCAGACCACUGUUGUUGCACCCACCUACCUAGCAGAGACUGCACCUCGCGCCAUCCGUGGUCUUUGUGUGUGCGCAUUUUCUGGCUCCGUCUACCUCGGUAUCAUGCUGGCGUACUUCGCUUCUUGGGGCUCCUCGGUCCACAUCUCGUCCAAGACCGACGCUCAGUGGCUCGUUCCCAACAGCAUGCAUCUGAUGUUUGCUGGCAUCAUCUUCACUCUGUCGUUUUUUGCAAAGGAGAGUCCCCGUUGGCUCAUCAAGGUCGGCCGUCACGAAGAGGCCCUCAAGAACCUUGCCCAGCUUCGUCACCUGCCUGCCGACCACCCCUACGUCACCACCGAGAUCAUCGAUAUCAACGACCAACUCAACCGCGAACGCGAGGCCACAAUGGGCACAUCGUGGCUGGGUCCCAUCAAGGAGAUGUUCUCUAGCAAAGCCAAUCUCUACCGUCUCCAGUUGUCCGUUAUGUCCCAGUUGCUUGGUCAAUGGAGUGGCGCAAACUCAAUCACCAUCUACGCACCCCGAUACUUUGCCAUGAUGGGUACAACUGGUCAAAACGAGAAGCUCUAUGCUACGGCCAUCUUUGGAGUUGUCAAGUUCGUUAGUGCCAUGCUCUGCGCGUUUUUCCUGAUCGACUUUAUUGGUCGUAAACGGUCUCUCGCUACCGGCAUCACCAUUCAGCUGUUGGCUAUGCUCUACAUGGCAAUCUUCCUCCUCGUCGACAACAGCAUCUCCGACAAGAGCGUGCCUCAGACUUCAAGCCAGAAACACGCUGCCAUGGGUGCUAUUGUUAUGAUCUACUUCAGUGGUUUCGGAUGGGCUUUAGGGUGGAACUCCAUCCAGUACUUGAUCAACUCGGAGAUCUACCCGCUUCGCCUACGUGCUCUUGGAGGCUCUUUCGCCAUGACCUUCCAUUUCGUCAACCAGUACGGCAACUCAAAGGCCGUUCCCCUCAUGUUCUUGGCCAUGACCACUGGUGGAACUAUGCUGUUCUUUAGCUGUGUCACCGCUGUUGGUUUCCUCUGGGUUUGGUUCUUCCUGCCCGAGACCAGUGGACGCAGUCUCGAGGCCCUCGACGAGAUGUUCAACCUGCCGUGGUACCUCAUCGGUCGCAAGGGUGCGGCCCUUACUGCAGGAUCGGGCGGUAUGUCAGAGAUCCUGGACCAUGCUGGCGAGAAGGCAGCGACUGUCGAGAUGGAGAACUCGGACACAAAGGUUCAGGGUGGGGAGCACACUGUCGAGCGCAAGGUGUAA